CCUACAGCUGCCCCUCGAUUGCCCCUCAAUGGCCCAAGCUUUCUGUUCUUCCCCACCUAUCACUUUUGUCCGGGCAUUUGGCAGGCGCAGUGGCAGUAGCACUUUUUUGGGAAGCUGCACCCCCCAUAUCAGAUUUACAUUGCCUAACGGUAACAGGAACGCGCCUCGCUUUGUCACACUCAGUGAGAUCAUGAUUCUGUAAUCAUCACGAUGGCACAUCUUGCUGAACCCGCCUGGAAAGCCCAUCUCCUCGGCAUCCAAUUGUUGUGCCGCGGUCCUCGUCCGUCUUGUCAAGUGAAGGGCCCGGAGGCCCGGAGGAUCGGAGUGAGCUAAACACCUCUAGUUCUCGACUGACAGACAACCAAAGCACAGGUGACAUCGAAAUGAUCCAUAUUGCGCGCAACUCGUCGAAACGGGCAUUCUCGAUUUGGUUGUUUCUGGCUUGCAUCUAUCUGCAGUGAUGGCUCUCGUUAGUUAAGGGCAGCAAGUGAUUGAUUGUACAUACGCCCAGCAGCCAGGGUACUAGAUCAAUUAACUGCUCAUAUUUAAAUUGCACCGCAGACACCCAGACAGAGUGUUUAUAGCUCUACAGACCGUACCACGAUCACAAUCACAAUCACGAACCGAAGAAUCCAAGAAGCCCGACCGAUUCUGGUAACUUGACUCUUGAAGCAGUGGCAUCUUUGAGGAUCCACCGACACGUCUCCGCGGUGCUUGUGUUGCUUCAGAAGUUCGCUGAGUCUUGGAUGAGCACCGACAGACGUCAUCGACCAGAACGAUCGGCAUCCCAGAAACCCAGCUGCCCGUUUCCAGUUUCCCGCCCUCGCCGCCGCAGCAAAGGUCCAGACCCGGGUCUAGCUUGCCGGCUGUGUUUGUCCUUGAUAACACGCACCGAACCAUCCGUCAGGCUGUUUUGGCGGUCUCGUGAAAUACUGCAUUCCAACAAAACAGCAUCGUCGCAAUCUGGUCCUCGAUCCCUAUUCAUACUUACAUCCACAACAUUGCCCAUUGUUCUUGCAUUACAGUACAACACGCCGCACUCUGUAAACAUUUAGACCGGAGCCGAACCAAAACCACGGACAAACACCAUAUUGUCCGCAAUCAGACAUCCGUGUACCCCAGGUACCUUACUUCACUGUUCGAACAUCACACACAUCCCGUCCCAUCUUCGCGAUGGCUGGACAAGUCCUCCAAGAGGCGAACCCGCCUCCGCUGCCCUCCCACUUACCCGACAGCAUCCUCGACCUCGCCGUUAAGACGGACAAGAAGCCCUUGGACGAAAAAGACGCAAAGUCUCUGCGCGACUACCAGAAUGCCGCCUGCUAUAUCGCUGCCGCGAUGAUCUUUCUGCGGGACAACGUGCUCCUGGAGUCAGAGCUCAAGCUCGAACACAUCAAACCCCGAUUGCUGGGUCACUGGGGCACCUGUCCCGGCCUCAUUCUGGUAUGGUCCCACCUCAACCGUCUGAUUCGCAACCAUGACAUGGACAUGAUCUAUGUCAUCGGUCCGGGUCACGGCGCACCCGCAGCUCUGGCGGCCCUUUGGCUUGAAGGCUCGCUCGAGAGGUUCUACCCUGGCGAGUACGAUGUCAGCAAGCAGGGCCUGCACAACCUCAUCACGAGGUUCUCCGUCCCCGGAGGCUUCCCGAGUCACAUCAACUCCGAGACGCCCGGCUCCAUUCACGAGGGCGGUGAGCUCGGCUAUGCGUUGUCCGUGUCCUUCGGCGCCGUCAUGGACAACCCCGACCUCAUCGUGACCUGUGUUAUCGGCGACGGCGAAGCCGAGAGUGGCCCCACUGCCGGUGCCUGGCAUGCCAUCAAGUAUCUCGACCCCAGGGAGUCGGGUGCUGUGAUCCCCAUUCUUCACAUCAACGGGUUCAAGAUCAGUGAGCGCACCAUUUUUGGCUGCAUGGACGACAAGGAGAUCGUAUCCCUGUUCUCGGGCUACGGCUACCAGGUGUGCAUUGUCGAAGACCUCGCAGACAUCAACACCGACCUCUCCAACGCUCUGGAAUGGGCGGUGGCAGAGGUCAAGAAGAUCCAAAAGGCCGCGCGCUCUGGUGAGGCCAUUGCCAAGCCGCGAUGGCCCAUGAUUGCCUUGCGGACACCCAAGGGAUGGACUGGGCCCAAGGAAGUUGAUGGUGUCAUCGUUGAGGGCUCCUACAAAUCCCACCAAGUACCCUUGGCCAAGGCCGGCUCAGAUGAGGCCCAGCUCGGACAGCUGCACGACUGGCUAUCCAGCUACGACAUUGGAAAUCUCUUGCCCGAAGGAAAGCCGACUGACAGCGUCCUCGGGGCGAUCCCCACGAAUGAUGCUAAGAAGCUUGGCCAGCUCAAGGCUACCUAUGACCCGUACGUAGGUCUCAAGCUCCCAGACUGGAAGCCCCUCGCCGUCAGCCCUGGUGAGCAGAACAGCUGCAUGAAGGUGACGGGGACGCUCCUCGACAAAGUAAUGCAGGAGAACCCACACGGCUUCCGCAUGUUCUCGCCCGACGAGCUCGAGAGCAACAAGCUCGACGCCGUGCUAGAGCACACGGGCCGCAACUUCCAAUGGGACCAGUACUCGCGCAACCAAGGCGGCAGGGUCAUUGAGAUCCUCUCGGAGCACUGCUGCCAGGGCUUCAUGCAAGGAUACACCCUCACGGGCCGCGUCGGCUUGUUCCCCAGCUACGAGUCGUUCUUGGGCAUCGUGCACACGAUGAUGGUGCAGUAUGCCAAGUUCAACAAGAUCGCCAAGCAGGUCAAGUGGCGCGGGGAUUUGGCGUCCAUCAACUACAUCGAGACGAGCACGUGGGCUCGCCAGGAGCACAACGGAUUUUCCCAUCAGAACCCGUCCUUCAUCGGAGCAGUUCUCAACCUCAAGGCCGAAGCCGCGAGAGUCUAUCUCCCGCCCGACGCCAACUGCUUCCUGAACACCGUUCAUCACUGCCUCAAGUCUAAGAAUUACGUCAACCUUGUUAUCGGUUCCAAGCAACCCACGCCGACGUACCUCGAUGCCGACGCCGCCGCAGAGCACUGCCGGCUCGGCGCGAGCACGUGGUCUUUUGCCUCGACCGACGGCGGCGCGAACCCGGACGUGGUCCUCGCGGGCGUUGGCGUCGAGGUCACUUUGGAAGUCCUCAAGGCUGCGGAGCUGCUGCGAACGCUGGCGCCCGAGCUCCGCGUGCGAGUCGUCAACGUCACGGAUCUCAUGGUUCUCAAAGCCGAGGCUAAGCACCCACACGCGCUGUCGAGGCAAAAGUUCCUGGACAUCUUCACUGAUGACCGGGACGUGUGUUUCAACUACCAUGGCUACGCCACCGAGUUGCAGGGGUUGUUGUUUGGACGGCCCGGCCUGGACAGGGUGACUGUCGAGGGAUAUCGUGAGGAGGGAAGUACGACAACACCGUUUGACAUGAUGCUUGUCAACUGCGUGAGCCGAUACGACGUGGCGAUUCGUGCACUGAAGGGCGGUGCCAAGGUGAAUGACAAGGUCAAGGCCGUGCUUGAUGACAAGAUCAAGGAGGUGGAGGCGACGGUGAAGAAGAUCCGGGAUUAUAUCCUGGAGAACGGAAAAGACCCCGACGACCUUUACGACACUCCCAAGUUUUAAGCGUUACGAUGAACGAUUUACGACAAAUGCUAGACGAACGUUAGACAGAUUAAUUAAGAUUUCGUAGGACAGACGACGUUAAAAAGAAU